AUGGGCCGUAUCUUCCUGGAUCACAUCGGUGGCACUCGUCUGUUCUCUUGUGCAAACUGUGACACAAUUUUAACGAAUCGAGCUGAACUCAUCUCCACACGCUUCACUGGGGCCACAGGGCGAGCCUUCCUCUUCAACAAGGUGGUGAACCUGCAGCACAGCGAGGUCCAGGACAGGGUGAUGCUGACGGGGAGACACAUGGUGCGCGAUGUUAGCUGCAAAAACUGCAACAGCAAACUAGGCUGGAUGUACGAGUUCGCCACCGAGGAGAGCCAGCGCUACAAGGAGGGCCGUGUCAUCCUGGAGAGGGCGCUGGUGAGGGAGAGCGAGGGCUUCGAACAUGUCCUGUCCGACAGCUGA